ACUUCCUUUCCGCGGCGCUAUAAAAAGUGCUGCACGGCGUCCGCAUCUCUUCGACCCUCGGAGCUGAAAUGCAACUGUUGGGACCUUCGGAGGCUGCGGAACUGGAGGCGGAGGCGGCUGGGGAGGUCCGAGCGAUGUGACCAGGCCGCCGUCGCUCGUCUCUUCCUCUCUCCUGCCGCCUCCUGUCUCGAAAAUAACUUUUUUACUAUAAAGAAAGGAGAAAAAAAAGUAGCCGUCCGCCCCUCACGCCCUCUGUUCCUCUAAGCCCUCUGACCUGUGAGGGAUCCCGGGGUGGCCCCUCCGCUGUCGGGGCCGCGCCGCCGAGCCCCGGCCGCCCCGGGCCGCCCCCGCCCGCCGCCCCCAUGCAUCCCUUCUACACCCGGGCCGCCACCAUGAUAGGCGAGAUCGCUGCUGCCGUGUCCUUCAUCUCCAAGUUCCUCCGUACCAAGGGUCUCACGAGCGAGCGACAGCUGCAGACCUUCAGCCAGAGUCUGCAGGAGCUCCUGGCAGAACAUUAUAAACAUCACUGGUUCCCAGAAAAGCCGUGCAAGGGAUCAGGUUACCGUUGCAUCCGCAUCAACCAUAAAAUGGAUCCUCUGAUUGGACAGGCAGCACAGCGGAUUGGACUGAGCAGUCAGGAGCUGUUCAGGCUUCUCCCAAGUGAACUCACACUCUGGGUUGAUCCCUACGAAGUGUCCUACAGAAUUGGAGAGGAUGGCUCCAUCUGUGUGCUGUAUGAAGCCUCACCAGCAGGAGGUAGCACUCAAAACAGCACCAACGUGCAAAUGGUAGACAGCAGAAUCAGCUGUAAGGAGGAACUUCUCUUGGGCAGAACAAGCCCCUCCAAAAACUACAAUAUGAUGACUGUAUCAGGUUAAGAUAUAGUCUAUGGAUGGAUCAUCUUAUAAUGGAUGGAUAAAUUUGAUUUUUGCUUUGGGUGGGCUCCUCUUGGGGAUGGAUUAUGGAAUUUAAACCAUGUCACAGCUGUGAAGAUCUGGCACAAGAUAGAGUGGUAAAAAAA